CUGAGCAGCGGCGGAGAAGCUGAGGGAGAACUUAUAUACGCCAACUAUGGCACAAAGGAUGACUACGAUCAAUUGGUCGCCUCCGGUGUUGAUCUGACAGGAAAGAUAGUCCUUGCGCGCUAUGGUGCCAACUUCCGUGGUCUCAAGGUUCAAGGCGCAGAGGAGCUAGGCGCUGCUGGCGUACUUAUCUAUUCUGACCCUCGCGACGAUGGAAGCGUCACGGUUGAAAACGGCUAUGAAUAUUAUCCCACUGGACCUGCGCGCAACCCGACGUCCAUUCAGCGUGGCUCCGUUAUGUAUCUUUCUACUUACCCUGGCGAUCCUACGACACCAGGCUACCCCGCAUACGAGAACGCAACCCGUAUUGAACCUACGAAUGUUCCACACACACCAAGUCUUCCACUCUCAUGGGCGAAUGCUCAGCGCCUCUUGGCUGAACUAGGGGGUGUAGACGAAGGACGGGUGCUCAAUGGGAAGAUCAGCGAAAAGAAAGUGAAGUUGGUCAAUAAUGUGGACACCAAGAUUACUCCUAUCUGGAACACCAUGGCAGCAAUUCCGGGACACAUCAAAGAUGAAGUUGUCAUACUUGGUUGCCAUCGAGAUGCCUGGGUAAUGGGAGCCGUCGAUCCGAUUUCUGGCACCGUCUCUAUGUAUGAGGUCAUCCGUGGUCUUGGGUCUUUACUCAGGCGUGGAUGGAAGCCUCUCCGCACAAUUGUUAUUGCAAGUUGGGAUGCUGAAGAGUACGGCUUGGUCGGAAGCACCGAAUGGGCGGAAGAUUUCGCAGACUGGAUUCAACAGCACGCUGUUUCCUACGUCAACGUUGACGUGUCUGUCGCUGGAUCUAGACUGGCAUUCUCUGCCUCUCCUUCUCUCGCUCAUCUCAUGAAACGUACAGCUCAAGACGUGCCUCACCCAACUGAUCCUGAAAGGACCCUCUGGGACGCUCAGUUCGACGUGGGACCUUUCCCCGGUGAACUUGAUGCCGACUUUGCGGAACAACACGCCAAACAUGAGAGUAAGCGUGCCGCAUUGACGACAGGUAUUGAUGCGUUGGGCUCCGGGAGCGACUACACGGUGUUCUUGCAAAGGCUAGGAGUCGCAAGCUCUGACCAAGGCUUUGGCUCUACACCAAUGGACGCAGUGUAUCAUUAUCAUUCGAUCUACGAUUCAGAACAAUGGUCGGAAUUGUACGGAGACCCGGGCUUCCUUCGCCGUGUUGCAGUUGCCAAGAGUCUUGGUCUUCUGACUCUCCGCCUCGCUGAUUCUAUCGUUCUUCCUCUCAACACCACCCAAUAUGCUUACGAACUUGACCUUUACCUCGACAGGGUCGAAGACGCUGCACUCUCUCAGGAUGCUCUCCCUAAGCUCAAGGAUCUUCGCAAAGCCAUCACAAAGCUCCAGUCGGCCAGCCUGAAGCUCGACAAAGAGAAGGCAGCGGCUGAGAAGAAUUUCAGGAAGAUUCUCAAACGAUUUGCACGUGGACGUCGGUUCCAUGCCGCGGUGAAGCGCGCCAUCAAAUGGUUGAAGAAACAUUUAGGACUUGGUAAAGAUGAUGCCAACCAUGAACACGGCUGCAAGGGAGAUGGAAUUAUGGGAGGGCUCUCAGACCCGUGGAGUUAUCUCUCUUUGGAUGAGGGUGAUUUGGAACGACUGACAUUGGGAGAGAAAGUCAAACAUGGGAAAUUCCCUAUUCACAAGCUUCCGUUACGCAAGUUCAUCAAGGCCGCGCAAAGGGUUCGAAGGGUGAACAAGAAGCUUUCCGCGUUCGAACAAGGGUUCAUUUCUGAAGGUGGGAUCAAAGACCGCGAGUGGUAUAAGCAUCUCGGCGUUGCUCCUGGAAAAUAUCUUGGAUAUGGCGCCACGACUCUUCCCGCUCUAACUGAAGCCGUUCUUUACGAACAGAAUGCGACUUUAGCCGAAUAUGAGGCGCAUCGUUUGACAAAACUCAUCGAAAACCUCGCUCACAAUCUGAAGGUUUGAGUAGGCUAAGCUACUCCAGCCGUGUAGUUAUAUUCUCCAGUCUGUAGCUCAGUCCGAAUCAAAUAUAUUGUCCCUCAUGUAAAAUGACUAUAUGCUGCGGUCUAGAGUGACUCUGCUCUCCUGCUAGUGUACAAUACACCAUACUCUCGUGCGUUCAUACGUGAUGUCACGGUAUCAUAAUGGAUACCUCCAGGUGAAGCUUCAGACGUAAGGUCUCGACGAGAAGUAUCAUCCAGCGGGCUGAUAGAAGGAUCUAUAGUACCUAUAGUACCCAUUAUUGACUCGUUAAGUGUUGGGGGUUCUGCUUGGGUCUGAUCCCAACUCCAAUCCCUAAGCGACACGCGACCAAUAUCAUGCGAUUUCAAUCUCAUACGUAGUCUGUCCCUGGCAUUAAGAGCGCGAAGAAGAGCUAGAAUGUACAAUUUUCCCGUUAGAAGAAGGAAGAAGAAGACGAGUCGGUUGUUUGCUG